UUUUACAACAGGGGCCACUGAUUCCCAGAAGCCCUUUGUGGUGUAGCGAGAGAAGGCUGCUAACAAAGAUAAGAACAGCUUGUCAGAAGAAACAGACAGACCUAAAGUGUCACUGCUCACACGCAGGAGCUACGGAGCCACCUGGGUAGCAAUGCAGAUGCAGUUUUGGGUGCGAGUGGCGAAAACCUACCUUUUAAUAAACAACUUGUUCAUCACGCUGUUAGGGAUUGUGAUUUUCUCAGUUUCUCUACGGAUCUACUUUGAUGAUCACUUCACUGUCCUCCAGAAUGUGUACCUGCCGAACAACAACUUCAAAGGAAUUCAUUCCACAGCUCUAUAUGGAGGACUGGCUGUCAGCAUGGUUCUUACAUUUUCUGGCAUGGUGUGCACUGCUGGUCUGAUCCAAGAGUCCCGGCGGUAUCUGGCAAUGGGCUACUUCUGCCUGGCAACUUUGUUUUGUGCCACAGUACAGCUGGGAUAUUGGAGGUACACCCAUGGUGAAGAGGUGGGGAAUAUAGUAAAAGACAUCUAUGAUUUUCUUUAUUACAACUUCACAAGGAACAAGUCAACAAUUGCUGGAAAGCACCUGGAAGAUAUACAUUCUGUGUAUGUUUGCUGUGGAAAGUGCUCCAGCUUUUCACCCACCUGUCAUGUAGAAGACAACACCUGUCCUGACACAUUGACAGGAGUCACUGAGGACUGUCUUGUUACAAUGGCAGAUUUUGUGAUGAAUUGCACUAAUGUCCAAGGAAUGCUCAUUCUAUUCACUACCAUAUUCACGAUAAAUGGAAUGAUGCCAGCUGCCUUUCUGUACUUCUGUUUCCAAGUAAGCUUCCCAAGGAGAAGAACAGGAAAAUAUACUCUGGCAACAGAAUUGGUCUUAUAAGCAGGGGUUGGAAAAAAAGGCCUGAAAUAAAUUCAGGGAUGGUUAUAUCAAAACUCUGCUUUAGCCAAUUAACAUUUACAGAAAGUGAUAAAAUUAAACUGCUAUCCAUUGAAACUGCCUUAUUUUCUUUUCAUACUAAUUUAGAUGCAUGUGAUUGUUAAAUGUUUAAAGUCUUAAAUGUUCAAUAAUAUUGGCAAUGUAAAGUCUGCCUGCAAUAAACAUAAGGUUGUUGACUAUUAGACCACAUCUUCAAAGAAUAAAGAAAACUUCACUUCU